AUGGCAGCUCCACCAUCUGCUUACAAGGACCGGCAAUUCCUUGCGGUGAUUGGAGACGAGGACUCUGUGACCGGGCUGCUACUUGCAGGUAUUGGUCAUGUCACCGAUCCACCCGACUCGCAAAAGAACUUCCUCGUCGUUGACAGCAAGACGGAUAAUGCAGCUAUCGAGGAGGCGUUCGAGAGAUUCACCACACAGAGAAAGGAUAUUGGCAUCCUGUUGAUUAACCAACAUAUUGCUGAGCGAAUACGUCACCGAGUCGAUACCUACACUGCCGCCUUCCCAGCUCUCCUCGAGAUCCCCAGCAAGGACCAUCCAUACGACCCUGAGAAGGACAGUGUGUUGAGACGGGUGCGCAGACUCUUUGGAGAAUAG